AUGGUCGAUACGCUCACCUCCAUUGGAUGCAACCCAAAGGGCUGCUACGGGUACAUUCCAUGGCGGCAGGAGAGGGGUGAGUGGUCUUCCAAUUCUUCCCCACCUCGGGACCACAGUUCCUUGAACCUGCCCCCUGGAGUCCGUCUUUCCAUAUGGACGCGGCCACUCUCCUCGCUCCCGCACAUCCCCGCCAUCACAACAUCCACUCUCCCACCUCAAGUUCCGCCCGCCUCCGUCAAAUCUGCAGUGGAUAUCAGCAUCAACAUCCCGUCAGUUGGGGCUAGAGAGCCAGCAACGACGGGAACCAAGAGGGAUCCCCCGAAAGUCGUCAUCAAGCACCUGGAUACCUUACAGCAGAGCACGAACUUUGUGAUUAUGUUGGCCAUGUGCCACUGUCAUUUCUUUGCCCCGUACGAUAUAAAAAGAGCUGAUUCCGUCGAGGAGCUGCUGCCGUCGGUUCCCAUCGGUAGCAGUGGAAUCAGGGUUCCAUUGCGGGACCAGCUAAAUGCCAUUGUCACGCUGGCGUGUAGUGCGAUGUCGUAG